GUCUUCCGCUCCCCCACUAACGCUGCGCGCUAAUUGGGCGCACCCUUGGAACAAUGAGCCUAAGAACCAAUGAGCAGUCCGGAGGUGAGAACUAUCCAGUGAGAGUGGGCGGUGGGCGGGCCUUGCUCCGCGGCGCCGAGCUACGGGUGCCGGGUAGAGCGAAGCACGGAAUGUGUCUCCUGCUGGGGGCCACGGGCGUCGGGAAGACGCUGCUGGUGAAACGGCUGCAGGAGGUGAGCUCCCGGGAUGGGCAGGGCGACCUGGGGGAGCCGCCCCCGACACGGCCCACGGUGGGCACCAAUCUUACUGACAUCGUGGCACAGAGAAAGAUCACCAUCCGGGAGCUGGGGGGGUGCAUGGGCCCCAUCUGGUCCAGUUACUAUGGAAACUGCCGUUCUCUUCUGUUUGUGAUGGACGCCUCUGACCCCACCCAGCUCUCUGCAUCCUGUGUGCAGCUCUUAGGUCUCCUUUCUGCAGAACAACUUGCAGAAGCAUCGGUGCUGAUACUCUUCAAUAAAAUCGACCUACCCUGUUACAUGUCCACGGAGGAGAUGAAGUCAUUAAUCAGGCUUCCAGACAUCAUUGCUUGUGCCAAGCAGAACAUCACCACGGCAGAAAUCAGCGCCCGUGAAGGCACUGGCUUGGCAGGGGUGCUGGCCUGGCUCCAGGCCACCCACAGAGCCAACGAUUGACUGCAUGGCAGAGGCACAGCUGGCCUGAGCUGGGGAGAGGUGGCAGAGGGCAGUAUGGCUUCACUGCCAAUAGUUUCUUCUCACAGGGGCAGAAUAACCCAAAGUAAUCCUACAUGAUGGGGCUCUGUGCUGAGAUGCAAUGAUGCAUAAACUGAGGCAUGUAGAGAUGGAAGUUGACAUCUGGCCUCUGAAAAAAGUGCCCCCAGGGGCCAGGCAUGGUGGCUAACACCUGUAAUCCCAGCACUUUGGGAGGCCGAGGUGGGCGUAUUACCUGAGGUCAGGAGUUUGAGACUAGCCUGACCAACGUGGAGAAACCCUGUCUGUACUAAAAAUACAAAAUUAGCUGGGUGUGGUGGUACAUGCCUGUAAUCCCAGCUACUUGGGAGGCUGAGGCAGGAGAAUCCCUUGAACGCGGGAGGCGGAGGUUGCAGUGAGUCGAGAUCAUGCCAUUGCACUCUACCUGGGCAACAAGAGCAAAACUCUGUCUUAAAAAAAAUAAAAAAAUAAAAACCUGUCCCCAGACUGGGUGAGCAGGGCCUACAGGUG